UGAAAGAACCAGGAAGUGCGACACAGCGCACCGGUGAUCAGAUGGACUGUCAGGCUGGAGGGAUGCGUGUGCUGGUGACGGGUGGCUCUGGACUGGUGGGGCGAGCGAUAGAGCGGGUGGUAAAGGAGGAGGAAGGAGGAGGAAGAGAAGGAGAGGAGUGGAUAUUUCUGUCGUCCAAAGAUGCCAAUCUCAUGAGCGCCGAAGAGACGCGGACGCUUUUCCGGAAACAUCGUCCGACACACGUCAUUCAUUUGGCCGCCAUGGUGGGCGGACUCUUCAGAAACAUGAGGCAGAACUUGGACUUCUGGAGGAAUAAUGUUUACAUGAAUGACAACGUGCUGCAGGCAGCUCAUGAGUUCGGAGUGGUGAAGGUCGUUUCCUGUUUGUCCACAUGUAUUUUCCCAGACAAAACCACCUACCCCAUAGAUGAGAGCAUGAUCCACAACGGUCCUCCGCAUGAGUCUAAUUUUGGUUAUGCGUAUGCUAAACGCAUGAUAGAUGUCCACAACAGGGCAUGUUUCCAGCAGUACGGCCGCCGGUACACCGCUGUGAUCCCCACAAACGUCUUUGGCCCUCACGAUAACUUCAACAUCGAUGACGGUCACGUGCUGCCAGGAUUGAUUCACAAGACUUACCUGGCAAAGAAGGAAGGUAAAUCUCUUGAGGUUUGGGGUUCUGGUCGGCCUCUGCGGCAGUUCAUCUAUUCUCUGGAUCUGGCUCGUCUGUUUGUCUGGGUUCUGAGGGAGUAUGACGAGGUGGAGCCCAUCAUACUGUCAGUUGGAGAAGAGGAUGAGGUGUCGAUAAAAGACGCUGCAGACGCUGUGGUUGAAGCACUGGAGUUCAAAGGUCAAGUGAUUUUUGACACUAGCAAAGCAGACGGUCAGUUCAAGAAAACCGCCAGCAACACCAAACUACGGCAAUACCUCCCAGACUUCAAGUUCACACCAUUCAGAACAGCCAUCAAGGAGUCGUGUGAUUGGUUUGUGGCCAAUUAUGACACCGCUCGAAAAUGAAGAUCCUCUCGUCUCAUUGGCUGUUGGGACGUCCUGAGUCGUGCUGGAAACUUUAAAUUUGGUUGCUCAAACAGUUGCAUUUUUUUACAAAUACAAAACCAAUGAAAACUGUUGUUAAAGCUCUCUUUUCAUGUUUAUUUGGAACUUUUCUUAAAAGCAUUUAUUUUAUAUGUGCUCUGUACUGUGAUCAACACUGUUUUUACUGUUACUGUCAAUCAGGGUAUUUUCUGAUAAGCUGUAAAUCAUUAAGGAAUAUACUGGUAUCCA